CUCUGCUCCAUUAAUAAACCCACACAGAGUAGAAGAGUAAGAGAGAGAGAGAGAGAGAGAGAGAGAGAGACUCAAGCUAGAGAGAGAAAUCAUGAGGAUGGGAGCGGAAGUCCAAGAGGUGAGCCUCAACGCCGCCGCCGCGGCAGGCCAAGAGAAUGGCUCCGGCGACUCACCACCGGCUCCGACCAGCUCGAGAUUAGCGUCUCUCUUGGGUUCUAAAGACCGCGAUUAUCUCCUCUCCCUAGAUGGAACUCAGGUGAAGAUCUCGGACCUAGAAGGCAAAGUAGUGGCACUAUACUUCUCAGCUAACUGGUACCCGCCAUGCCGAAACUUCAACCAAUUCCUGAUCGGCGCCUACGAGCAGCUGAAGCACACCAACGGCUCCAAUUUCGAGAUCGUCUUCAUCUCCUGCGACGAAGACUCCAACGCAUUCGACGGCUACCGCGCCAUGAUGCCCUGGCUCUCGAUCCCCUUCUCCGAUCUCGAGACCAAGAAAUCGCUGAACCGAAAGUUCGAGAUCGAAGGGAUCCCCUGCCUCGUGAUCCUGCAGCCUGGGUCGGGGAAAGACAUCGAGGGAAUGGCGCUCAGAAACGGCGUCGAAUUGCUGUACCGAUUCGGCAUGAACGCUUUCCCGUUCACCAAGCAGAGGCUGGAGCAGCUGGAGAGGGAAGAGAAGGAGAAGCACGACAGCCAGACGCUCGUUAAUUUGCUGACCAAUCACAAUAGAGACUAUGUUCUGAGUCACCAUGGAGCGAGACAGGUGUCCGUAGCAUCGCUGGUAGGCAAAACGAUCGGGCUCUACUUCUCGGCUCAAUGGUGCCUGCCCUGCGAGAAAUUCACCCCGAAGCUCGUCCCGAUCUACCACAAGAUCAAGUCGAACCACGACGAGAACGAUAACUUCGAGAUCGUGUUCGUGUCGAACGAUCGCGACGAACCAUCGUUCGCCUCGUACUACGCCCAGAUGCCGUGGCUGGCGCUGCCAUUCGGGGACUCGAACAUCAAGACGCUCGCGAAGCACUUCGACGUGCAGGGGAUCCCCUGCCUCGUGAUCCUGGGGCCCGACGGCAAGACGAUCACGACGAACGGGAGGAGCCUGAUCAACCUGUACCAGGAGAACGCGUUCCCGUUUACGGAUUCGAAGGUGGAGUUCCUUGAGAAGCAGAUGGACGAGGAGGCGAAGAACCUGCCGAGGACGAAGCUCCACGGAGGGCACCGGCACGAGCUGACGCUGGUGUCGCAGGAGACCGGCGGCGGGCCGUUCAUAUGCUGCAAUUGCGAGGAGCAAGGGCUGGGUUGGGCGUACCAGUGUUUGGAUUGCGGGUAUGAGCUGCAUCCAAAGUGUGUGAGGGUGGUGGAGGAUCACGCUGUGGGCUCGGUUGGCUGAGAAAAGAAACACAGAGAGAGAGAUAAUAACUUGAUGUUUUCAAGGUUAAUUUCCAGCUGCGUUUGCUAAUUACCUGGUUAUUUUGCCGUAAUAUUUGUCCUAAUUUCUUGUUUCGAAUAGCAAAGCCGGCCUUUCUGGGGUUGGAGCAUGUCUGUGUCUUUCUUGACUAAGAGAAAGAAAGGAUCUCUUUGGUGUACAUGGGUAGUGUUUAAUUAAUGGCAAUUAAGGAUCUUCAUCCCUGUGUACGUGUCUCCUCUCUAGCUCGAUAAAAAAAUUCACUCUUUAUUAGCACACUGUUCUGUUUGUUUUAGUAUGUUCAUUUGAGAAUUUUCUUCGGACU